UUUGGCUUUCGAUUCAUAUAUUUGAAUAUUGUUUUCUUCUGUUAUAUAUUUUACACAGACCUAUGAGAUGGUUCCUCAAGGAGUCUUCUCAUUUGGAGCACAAGAAGUAAAACCGGGAGAGAAUUACACUUAUGUGUGGCCUGUACCAGACAGAGUUUCUCCUCUCGAAAAAGAUGAAAACUGUAUUACACAUAUGUAUUCGUCAUUAGCCAGUCUUGAUGUUGACCAACAUACCGGACUGGUUGGCCCCAUCGUGAUUUGCAAAAGAGGCACACUAGCAGAUGAAAUGAAAAAAACGGUUUACUACAUGUUGUUGGCAACGUACGACGAAAACGAAAGUCCAUAUCUUCAACAAAAUAUUGAUGCUUUCGCGGGAGAUCCUUCAUCGGUUGAUAAAGAUGAUGAAGAUUUCAAGGAAUCAAAUAGAAUGCAAUCAAUUAAUGGUUUGGCGUUCGCUAAUCUACUCGGCGUGCAGUUGUGUGCUGAACAAUAUACCGAUAUUCGUUUAUUAUCUCUGGGUUCUGAACUGAAUAAUCAUGCCUUCUUAUUGGACGGAGCUGCAAGAAAAACUAGAACCGAGUACACUGGCAUGACUGGAGUUUUCCCCCAUGUUAUCAGCACGAUGAGUGCAUACCCAUUUGCGCCUGGUGUAGCAGUGUAUGGAUGUCACGUAUCAAACCAUGGAACCAAUGGUAUGAUCUCUUUUUAUGAGUCAAAAUACUGCAGAGAUCCGAAGCCAAAAUUCCAGCCUUCUGCUAAACGAACUAUUUAUCUCGGCAUUGUUGAAGAAGUUUGGGAUUAUCUUCCUCGUAGAUUCGAUCAUAAAGGAAAUUCUGUUGAUGAUCCAGAACAUCUCGCUUAUUUAUAUGCUCACCAGGAGAAUGGAAAAUACAUAGGAUCAAGGUAUAAAAAAGCUAUAUUUUAUGAAUAUACGGAUGCCUCCUUCACUGUUCAAAAACCAAAGCCAAAGCAUCUUGGAUUCGACGGACCCAUUUUAAAAAUGGAAAUCGGUGACGAAGUGAAGGUUAUUUUCAAAAAUAUGGCAACGAUUAAGUUCAAUGUGCUACCAAUCGGCGUGUAUUACGUCGAAAUUAUGAAAGGUCCCAUACCAACCGCCGAACCAGGAAAAACCGUGACCUACACUUGGCAGGUAAGACCGGAGUUGGCUCCGAAUCCGGAUCAACCUGAUUGUUUCGCCAGUGCCUAUUAUUCUGUCGCUGAUUUCAGAAAAGAUGCCUACAGUGGAGCUAGAGGACCCAUGGUCAUAUGUAGAAGAGGGACAUUAAACCAAAAGAAGGGAGGAAUGGCAGAUAAAGAGUUCUCUUUAUUAUUUUACAUCACUGAUGAAAAUUUAAGUCAUUAUAUUGAUGAGAAUAUUCGUGAAUUUGCAAAGGCUGAUCCAGGAACAUUAAAUAAAAAAGAUAAUUUAUUUGUGGAAAGUAAUAAAAUGAAUCAUAUCAAUGGAUUUCUUUAUCAUGUUCCUGAAUUGAAUAUGGAGAAAGGAGAGCUUGUGAGGUGGCAUUUGUUUGCAGAGGGAGAAGAAGACAUUCAUGCGGCUCAUUUCCACGCUAACGCGUUUGUACAUCAAUCCAGCUCCGAAAACAAAGGAGAUGUGUUUGAUUUGUAUACAGGACGGUAUGCUACACUCUUAAUGAGACCAGAUGCUGUUGGUGAAUGGCUUCUACAUUGCCAUGUUAAUGAUCACGUAGAUAUUGGAAUGGUUACAACAUACACUGUUCAAGAUCAGACAGAAUAUUUGCCAAAAGAAGAAUUCGGGCUUUUGAAAUUCUUCGCCCGGUUUGACAAAGAGAUAUCUAAGAGCGAAGCAAACAAGUUUGAUUUUCCAAAACAAGAGGGAUUUGUGUCCAAAAAAUAUCCGAAAUGUGCUCGAAUAAAAUAUACUACCGGUCUAAACGGAAUUUGUUCGGCACACGGUGAUGAAAAAUACUCAACUUGUAGAGAUCGGACAUGUACUCACAUAUCUUACUACGGUUCAUCAAAAAGGAAUAUACAAGUCAAAUUGUUCAAACCCUUCAUAUACUACGGUGUUGAGUGCAAGAAGCCAAAGAAAGCGUGCGACGAUGACAAAAGUAACGAUGGAAGAGAUAAUAACUUGUAUUCAGUCCCGUAUAGAUCAUAUUAUUUAGAAGAUGACUCCUGCGAAUGUCAGACUAUCUGGUGCUCUGGUGAAAUUGAGACAAUUUACCAAGAAAGUGACAAAUUGUUCAAAGGAAACGUCACAGUGAAGAAUCCAUGCAAAUGUGAAUGUAGAAGGAGGUUCACGAUGACCUGA